AUGAGCAGGAUCGACAGCAAGGGCGGCGUCGACGGUGGUGUCACCGUCGACGUGACGCUGUCCCCUAACGCGGUGCUCCCCGGCUUCGCCAAACGGCCGCCCGAUGCGACCGGAGCUGGGAGGAGCAGCUGCCGCGGCUUCCCUCGACGCGCCCGGGCGGCGGCGGCGGAGGUCUGGGCUUUCGCCAGCGACGGCGCCGGCUGCAGGGUGGCCUUCGCGCUCAAGGCCGGGAUCGCGAUGCUCCUGGCGUCGCUGCUGGCGCUCGCCGGCGAGCCCUUCAGGCUGUUCGGCACCAACAUCGUCUGGUCCAUCCUCACCGUCGGCAUCAUGUUCGAGUACACCGUUGGCGCCAGUUUCAACAGAGGGUUUAACCGGGCCGUGGGGAGCACGGUUGCCGGAGUGGUUGCCAUCGUCGUGAUCUGGGUUUCACUCCGAUGCGGUAGCGUCGCCGAGCCAUACGUGAUUGGCCUAAGCAUCUUUCUAAUUGGUGCCGUGACGUCAUUCGUGAAGCAGCUUCCGGCGCUGGCGCCGUACGAGCACGGCUUCCGGGUGAUCCUCUUCACCUACUGCCUCAUCGUCGUGUCGGCCUACCGCGUGCGCGAGCCCAUCGCCGCGGCGCUCGACCGGCUGUACGCCAUCGCCAUCGGCGCCGCGCUGGCGCUCCUCGUCAACGUGCUCGUCUUCCCGGCGUGGGCCGGCGAGCAGCUCCACCGCGAGCUCGUCGCCAGCUUCGCCGCCGUCGCCGACUCACUCCACGAUUGCGUCAGGUGCUAUCUGACAGGUGACGAAACGAUCGACGACGGCGGGCUGUCCGGCGGCAGCGAGCCAUCAAUCGAGAAAUGCCGCGCCACUCUGAACGCAUCAGCCAGAAUCGAUUCCUUGGCGAACUCGGCGCGAUGGGAGCCGCCGCACGGCCGGUUCCGCACCUUCUCCUUCCCCUGGUCGCACUAUGCCCGCGUGGGAGCCGUGCUGCGUCACUGCGCCUAUGAGGUGGUCGCCAUGCAUGGCUGCCUGCGCUCCGAGAUCCAGGCGCCGGACGGCGUCAGGGAGGCGUUCCGGGCGGAGAUCAAAGACGCUGCGGAGCAGGCGGCGGAUCUCGUCCGGUCCAUGGGCAGCGACGUCGACGGCAUGACGCGCAGCAGCGCCGAGAGGCUGAGCCUCCUCAAGGGCGUGCACGGCUCCGCCUACCGCCUCCAGCUUGCGCUGGCGCUCAACUCGCAGCUCCUCGUCUCGUCCGGCUCCGAGUCCGAGGUGAACGAGACGAGCGGCCUGCAGGAGCGCUCGUGCUCGCGCCUGCGCGAGAGCACGCGGCGGCAGAGGCUGUCGUGGCCGUCGCGGGAGGCGGACGAGCUGGAGGAGAUGGAGGCCGGCGGCGGAUACGCGGCCAUGGUGAGGAUGCGCGCGCUGAAGAGCACGCGGGCGCUGUCGCUGGCCACGUUCGCGUCGCUGCUGCUCGAGUUCGUGGCGCGGCUGGACCACCUGGUGGACACCGUCGACGAUCUCUCCAAGCUCGCAAAAUUCAGGGAAGAAAGUGAUCCCAUGUAA